AUGUUUUAUACCAACAAUUACAUUUACAAAUGUAAUGAUUAUAAAUGUAGAAAAAGAAGUUUUGCUUGCAAAUUGUCUGCUAAGAACGCCCGGGUUGCGAUUAAUAAAAAAUUUUUAGCAAUUUAUGAAUUUUUGGCUUGUGAUUAUGUUAAGAGAGUAAUGAAUGAUUGUGAUAUUUCUAAAUUAACAUUUCAAAAGCUCAAAAUAAAUGUAUUCAAAUACAUAUCAAGUUGUGUCGAAAAAUAUGAAAAUAUAAUACUGAGAGAAUAA